AUGAGACCGAGACGAGACCGAGGUGAGACCGAGGUGAGACUGAGACGAGACCGAGACGAGGAGCGAGAGGGCGACAUUCAGGGACGUUGGAAAAGACGAGACCGAGACGAGACCGAGGUGAGACCGAGACGAGACCGAGACGAGGAGCGAGAGGGCGACAUUCAGGGACGUUGGAAAAGACGAGACCGAGACAAGACCGAGGUGAGACUGAGGCGAGACCGAGACGAGACCGAGACGAGGAGCGAGAGGGCGACAUUCAGGGACGUUGGAAAAGACGAGACCGAGACGAGACCGAGACAAGACAGAGGCCGAGACGAGACCAAGACAAGACCGAGACGAGACCGAGGCGAGACAGAGACGAGACCGAGGCGAGACCGAGACAUGGAGCGAGAGGGCGACAUUCAGGGACGGGGAGGUUGUUGGAAAAGACAAGACGGAGGCCGAGACGAGACCAAGACAAGACCGAGACGAGACCGAGGCGAGACAGAGGUGAGACUGAGGCCAGACCAAAACAAGGAGCGAGAGGCCGACAUUCAGGGACGGUGGGAGAUUGUUGGAAAAGACGAGAACGAGGCCGAGACGAGGCAGAGACGAGACCAAGACGAGGCCGAGAUGAGGCCGAGACGAGGCCGAGAUGAGGCUGAGACGAGGCCGAGAUGA